GCUUUCUUAGCCAAAUGACCAAAAUGUCCAGUUAGAACAAGAAUUCAGCAUUCUGCAAAACAAGUUAACAGCUGAGGCUUUGAUGGAAUAUCAGAUAUUGAAAAUGUCUCCCAGCCUGUUCAUCCUUCUGUUUCUCACACCUGGUAUUUUAUGCAUUUGCCCUCUCCAAUGUAUAUGCACCGAGAGGCACAGGCAUGUGGACUGUUCAGGCAGAAACUUGACUACAUUACCAUCUGGACUGCAAGAGAAUAUUAUCCAUUUAAAUCUGUCUUAUAACCACUUUACUGAUCUGCAUAACCAGUUAACCCAGUACACCAAUCUGAGGACCCUGGACAUUUCAAACAACAGGCUUGAAAGCUUGCCUGCUCAGUUACCUCGGUCCCUCUGGAACAUGUCUGCUGCUAACAACAACAUUAAACUGCUUGAAAAAUCUGAUACUGCUUAUCAAUGGAACCUUAAAUAUCUGGAUGUUUCUAAGAAUAUGCUGGAAAAGGUUGUCCUCAUUAAAAAUACACUGAGAAGUCUUGAGGUUCUCAACCUCAGUAGUAACAAACUCUGGACAGUUCCAACCAACAUGCCCUCCAAACUGCAUACUGUGGACCUGUCUAACAAUUCCUUGACACAAAUCCUUCCAGGAACAUUAAUAAACCUGACAAAUCUCACACAUCUUUACCUGCACAACAAUAAGUUCACAUUCAUUCCAGAUCAAGCUUUUGACCAGCUCUUUCAGUUGCAAGAGAUAACCCUUUACAAUAACAGGUGGUCAUGUGACCAUAAACAAAACAUUACUUACUUACUUAAGUGGAUGAUGGAAACAAAAGCCCAUGUAAUAGGGACUCCCUGUUCUAGCCAGAUAUCACCUUUGAAGGAACAUAACACAUAUCCCACACCUUCUGGAUUUACCUCAAGCUUGUUCACUGUAAGUGGGAUGCAGACAGUGGACACCAUUAACUCUCUGAGUAUGGUAACUCAAUCCAAAGUGACCAAAAUACCCAAACAAUAUCGAACAAAGGAAACAACGUUUGGUGCCACUCUAAGCAAAGACACCACCUUUACUAGCACUGACAAGGCUUUUGUGCCCUAUCCAGAAGAUACAUCCACAGAAACGAUCAAUUCACAUGAAGCAGCAGCUGCAACUCUAACUAUUCACCUCCAAGAUGGAAUGGUUACAAACACAAGCCUCACUAGCUCAACAAAACCAUCCCCAACACCCAUGACCCUAAGUAUCACUAGUGGCAUGCCAAAUAAUUUCUCUGAAAUGCCUCAACAAAGCACAACCCUUAACUUACGGAGGGAAGAGACAACCACAAAUGUACAGACUCGCUUACCUUCUUCUGUGGCAAGUGCUUGGAAAGUAAAUGCUUCGUUUCUCUUAAUGCUCAAUGCUGUGGUCAUGCUGGCUGGCUAAGGGUCUGCAUUUUCUGAAAUUAAUGAAAGAACUCCUCCCUGAUGUAUAGUUGGGAAGAUAUGCCCCUAUCUAACCAGUGACUCAAGCUAUAUUAUGUAUUCAAGAAAGCCAGUCUCACAUUUCCGACUCUGAUGUGAAUGAAGCAACUCGUCCUAAUGAAGAAGUGCACAAUGUCUCGGUACUUGCUGCUACUUUACUGUCUUAAUGAAGUAAAACUAAUGAGUUUCUUUUUUUUAAAUGAAAUGUUUUCUUUUUAAGGCUUCAAUUUACUGCACAAAAUAUAAAGCAUCUCAACUUUAAUAUGUAUUUUAUGUAUGUUUACACUGUCAAACAUCUGGGAAAAAAUAAAAGGUCUAUGCUCAUAA